CCACCACCACCACCACCACCACCAUAGCCUCAACCCAGCUCACCCACGCCCCUCACACACCCUCCAAUCCCCUCAUUACACUACCAACACCACGCCCACCACCAACUGGCCACAGCGCCGCCCACACCCAAAAUGACAUCCCGCCUCGUCCUCGUAAUCGGCGACCUCCACAUCCCCGACCGCGCAAUCGACAUUCCCGCAAAGUUCAAAAAACUCCUCACCCCCGGCAAAAUCGGACAAACCCUCUGUCUCGGCAACCUCACCGACAGCGCAACCUACACCUACCUUCGCUCCAUCUCCCCCGACCUCAAGCUAGUCCGUGGCCGCUUCGACGCCGACGCCCCCUCCUUGCCAUUAUCCGGCGUAGCAACGCAUGGGAGUCUGAAAAUUGGGUUUUUGGAGGGGUUUAGUGUGGUGGUGCCGGGGGAAGCGGAUGCACUGUUGGCGGAGGCGAGGAGGUUGGAUGUUGAUGUGCUUUGUUGGGGGGGACGGGGAGGUUCGAUGCGUAUGAGUAUGGGGAGAGGUUUUUUGUGAAUCCGGGGAGUGGGACGGGGGUUG